UUAAAUUUAUUUGGCAGUGCAAAGGAAUCAGUUUCCUUCACCCAAUUACUUCAAUUAAUUUCAAUUAACUGAUUAAAAUAAUGCAAUGAAUCUGUUUCUCUCUCUAUUUCUCUACUCCCUCUUCAGUUCACAUUAUUUCUCCUUCAAUUUCCAGUCAAAUUCUUUGCUCAAAUUCCAGCCCUGUCCUCAAUUCCUCGUCAUCUUCUUUCCCCCGACCUUUAAUGGCGGAAAUCUAACACUCCUCGCACAGAAAUGCUAAUUAAGAGCUGAACAAYAGUAUGUUUCCUUCCCUUCCUUUCCUUUAAUUUCAUUCUCUCUGUAUUCGAUUCUUCGACCGUGCCGCUGAAUUCGCUUUUCCCUUUUUUCUUCCUCUUUCCUUUUUCGCCAUUCGGAUUCCCCGAGUUUUUAAUCACUGUAUUUGAUCGCUCACCAAACCAGAGACCGCCGGAGCUCACAUUCUUCAAAAGAAGAAAGAAAAAAACCUAGCCGGAAUUUCGAUCGGAGAAGAAAGAGAACAGAGGAUCGAUGUCUGUAACGUCGUCGUUUUGUUUGGCGGACCAAAAGCCGCGCUCCAAUCUGGAACGGUUUCUUCAAUGUGUGACGCCUUGCGUUCCUUGGCGAACUCUUCCUCGGAGCUGCCUCCAUGAUCUCAACAGUCUCUGGCAACAACCCGAUAAGGAUACCGUGCAAUACUUCACGCUCCGUGAGUUGUGGGAUUGCUACGAUGAAUGGAGUGCAUAUGGUGCCGGUAUCCCGAUACAAUYGAACGGUUUGGAAACUGCUACCCAGUUCUAUGUGCCUUAUCUGUCAGCAAUUCAGAUCUACACAAGCAAGCCUGCUGCCCCAACCAGAACCCGAAGAUAUGAUAGUGACAUGGCAGAGUGUGAAAGUGAUUCUUGGAGCGACGAUAGUUGGAGCGAUAACCUGUCAAGAUCCCUGAGCAACAACUCUAGCAGGACAUGGGAUGCUGUUUCUGAAGAUUCGAGCUUCGACCAGGAGGGAUCAUGGCCACCAAGGGAGAAACUUGGCUACCUCUCCUUAAAGUAUAUGGAGAUGUCUUCUCCUUAUUGGAGAGUGCCUUUUAUGGACAAGAUAACGGAAUUAACUCAAACCUAUCCAGCAUUAACUACACUUAGGAGUGUGGAUCUUUCUCCCGCUAGUUGGAUGGCUGUUUCUUGGUACCCUAUUUAUCACAUCCCAAGUCAGAAAAAUGACAAAGACUUCGCCACAUGCUUUCUAACCUAUCACACAUUGUCUUCAUCUUUCCAAGAUUGCUAUCUGGAUCAUGAAGGGCAAGAUGGAUGUAGUUGUUCCGAUACCACGGGCCAAAGCGAGGACAAAAGUAGUGCUUCUACUUCAACUUGCCUUUCCCCAUUUGGGUUGGCCAGUUACAGAAUGCAGGGAGAUCUCUGGUUGAGGCCAGAGACGUCGUCUGAUUAUGAACGGAUAGUCGAUCUCUAUCAUGCUGCGGAUUCAUGGUUGAAGCAGCUUGGCGUCCAUCACCAUGACUUCAACUUUUUUUCCCUCCACUCAACCUUGUAAAAAACCAGUUUUCCAUUUCCUAGGCUGGCUCACUGACUCUUCUUGUUCRUCAUCCAGGUUGUUCUUUUUUUUGUUCCAUUCCAACAUGAGAAACUCCAACUCAGCCUCUGGCCACUGCAGUUCAGUUCAUAUGACAGAACAACCCUUUUGUACCUUUUUUUUUUUGAACUUAGGAAAACGAUGAAUGCUGUUUUAGARGCAGAGGGCAUCACCUCCCACUGAGUUUUGGUGGAGGGGUGGUUUUGGAUUCAGUCUUCAGUUUUCUAUCCUUUUAACCUUUUAUUUAUGGUGUGGACUUCCCUGGAGAUGUAGGCUGGUUUUAAAAGACAUGACUGAAUACUGAUUGGGAGUUGUUACUGUAACGAGUGUCAAUUUGUCGAUUUAAAUGGAUGGACUCUCUUGCUGGUGGAGUUGUACUGUAAGUAUUUGUUAUUAGUUUCCUUUUAACUUUUACUUAACUGUAUGUUUCUGACUUCUAACCAUUGAGGGUGGUGGCGUAGUGGGCUUGCAGUCGAAUGGAGUUAUCCCCUCUGCCAUUCGAGGCUUGCAGGYCGCAUAGUUGGGGYUUCUCCCUCCCUCCAUUAAAGGACAAGUCCCGUAACGUCAAUUACAGUAGUAAGUGGUUGUCGACACCUUCCGAUUGUAGGAAAUUCUUGGUGUAAGCCACAUGACAUUCAUUUUGGGUUAUCAAAGAAAAAAGUAAAAAAAAAAUGUAGUUUCUGAUUUUUGAGCA